AUGAGCAGUGUAACAGGAGGGCCCGGCAGGAGGACCCAGGCGAGCGGGACAGUGGUGGUGGACGUGACGAACGUGACGGACGACGAGGAGAGCGAGACGGCGGUGACAGACGGCGACACGCCGCAGAUGUUGGACGAGGGCGACUGCGGAGCGAUCGGCUGCACGACGGAGGUCCAGUACCUCGAAGGCACGGCGCUGGACGAGAGGCGAAGCGGGGAACGGGCGGCCGAGAGUCCCGGACACUCUAGAAUCUGCCAGCUUGGAGAGAGACGAGCUGACAAGCGUGCUGGAGAGCACGGAGAAGACGCGGACGCGACGGCGGACGUUCCGGCAGGGGGAGAUCGAGUGACCUCUGACGGCCAGUACGGUGUUAAGAGUGAGAAGACUCACGUGCAAACACGCAGCGUGGGCAUACGACCUGCCCAGCGGCUCGGGCAAGACAAGCGAACCCGCUUCAUGGUGGUCAUACAGGGGCACACUACGGUCGAUUCGAGCAGAUUGAGAAGUGGUUCGGCAGCACGGAAGGCAGCCAUGACGGCGUUGACCCCUACCCAGGCCAAAACGGCGAGAUCCGGCAAGUCCAGGCGUGUACCAAGACGCCCGGCCAAGAAGCUGUCCAUUCCGGACGGCGACGAGGAUACCGAAGACGGCUUCGAUGAGAGGCAUAAGGGCGCGGACGACGGUGACCAGGACUCCCCAAGCGACGAGCAGGAGGAGACGGCAGCAUCACGACCCGGACCCGUAUCCGAACAGGAGCCAGUGCCAGCCCGGAACGAGGAGACGGGUGAAGAGGCGCCGACUCAGACGCCGCAGGCGUCAGACGAACAAGGCGGGCGCAGUGGCGACAGCGACGCUCCUGCACCGACGAUGGAUAUCGCAGUGAUCGCCAACGCGCUGCAGCAGUUGACGACGGCGGUAGCUGGACUACAGGCGCGUGAAGCAGCGCGAGGCGACGACGGUGGACACGGGCACGACGCAGGUGACCGUGGCGGAGGACAACCGCAGCAGCCUGCUGCAUCUGUGGCGACGGGUGCUUCACAACGCGGAAGAGCACGCGGUGUGACGACGGAUAGCACGUCGGCGACGCCAGCGACUAGCACACGGACGGUGGCGAGAGUACCGACUCCGACGAUGGAGGCAGCUCCGGUGGUCGUGCAGACGAUGUCGCCUGAGAUAGCGGCGAUGGCAGCAGCUGUCCAGCAGCUCACGACGAUGGUGGCGCAGAGCCAGCCGACGGCAAUGAGCGGCGGGACUUGA